UGUUUUCAUCUGCAGCAGCUGCUAAUCUCCUGUGAUCCGCGGUAAAUCACUCCAGACUCCGCCUCCUGCACGCUCAGUGUCUCUGUUUCUUCUUCUGCCGCAGGGGGCUUCAUGUUUAAGCAGUGGAAGGAGAGGUACCUCGUGCUGACCGUGGAGGGAAGCCUGCUGGUGUGCCGGGACGCAGAGUCCCCUCCUGACCAGGUGGUGGCGCUACAAACCAACUGUGAGUCGAUUGCAGAGGGACGAGAAAUUCUUGACCUGCCCAAGUUGCCUCCGGGGGGCAGGAGGGACUGCUGCUUCGCCCUCAUCCUACCGCAGAACAAGUUCCUGCUGCUCCUCACUGACAACCCCGAUGACUGCAAUCUGUGGCUGAAAUUGAUCAGGAAAGUGAGGGAGGGUGUCACGUCACCCCUGACCCUUCAGAGACAGCGCAGCAUCACUCCCUGCAUCACCGACAGAGACCCCCUGCCCGACUCCUCCAGCGAUAAAGAACCCGGGUCGCCCAGGGUCAGCGAGGGCACCCCUCCUCUGUCUCGAGUCACCGAACGAGGAGGCUCCUUCAGAGACAGAGGCCAGAGCCAAGCCGGUGGAUCAUGGCGGGCUCAGCGUAGUGUUUCGGUGGCCCCGCCUCAUCGUGUGUCAGAUUGUCUUCGCCAUGGCAACAGCAGCGAUGCCCGGGCAGUGAGGGCAGUGUGCCUGCUGAUGGGAGGGGCAGCGGCCUCCUCCGCUCUGGGCUACCUCAACUCCUGCUCCCCUUCCUCUCCUCUCGCCAGCAGGGCCCCAGAGAUGGCCCUUGGCGCCGGGGGCUUCUCCGAACUCCCCGCAGGAGGCUCCUUCCACGCCUGCAGCCAGGACGUCGACUCCCCGCACUUCAACAGCUUCGACUUUGAAGGAGACUCCGACUUUGAUGCGUUUGACUGUGGAGGAUUUGCUUUUUAGUUUUCAAGGGAAGGAAACUGAGAGACCCUUUACUCUCACAAAACCUUUGUUGGUAUUCCUUUUUACUAUAAGGGCAUUGUUAUUAAUGAAUCCCUCGUUGGGUUAUCUAUACGUCUAAUUUAUAAAUUAAUGAAGGUCUUCUUCCUGGCUUUGUGCCUGUGCUCUU